AUGGUUCCUCUCCCCAUGGUUCCUCGCCCCAUGGUUCCUCGCACCUUCGACUCCCGCUGUGCCAAAUCGGAGAGGCUUUCCCCCGAGAGACUGGAGAGACACCAGGAACCGCACAUCUCACACUCGGACACGAACCAUAAACAAACCAUGUGUCUGUAUCGGCUGCUCAUGUCUCAGCGUCAGUUAAAGCUGGGGUGCUUCACAGUCCUACAGCUCCCCCUGAGGGUGAAUUUGGAACUGCAGCCUCCAAAAGAACCAGAAAGAGCCGGAUCGGACUUCUACAUGUGUAAUCCUCUGUGGAAGUAA